AUGGUCGUCGGAGAGCGCCCGACCCGGGGCUCUGGGAAAGGCGACCAAAACGGGCAAACCGGUGAGCUCGAGGAUAUGGCGGGGUCGCGCCCCGGGGGUGGCGUAAAAGACUGUUGGCCACUGGUCACUGCAGACGGUGUGCGGUCGGGACAUGCGCGACGACCGCGGAUGAACCCGGCACCCGACACGCUGGGUAGCAAGCUUGCCGAGGUGACUUACUCAGCAUGUCUCGAAGGGCGGACUGUGAGAGGUUCCCAGGACGGCACCACCCUCAAUCCCUUCACCUCCUUACUUCGCUUUCUGCACCAGCGGCCUGGAUCCGCGCUCUGGGACACCCGAAGUGGUGGUGAAAAGGCGGCGAAGCGUCCAGGCUGGCGUUCCAUCAGGAUGGAGGUGCGUCGGAUUGGCCGAGCGCGCGGCCUGGGUGGUGAGACGUUGGCAGUCAACACCAGGGUAGACCAGGGUGGUCCAGGGUGCUGGACCCGACAGUCUGGGUCGACGGACACGUAA